UACCGAAGCUGUCCUGCACCUAAGCCAAAACUUGUCCGCUAAAAUAACCUCAACAAGCAAGUCAAAACUCCCCAUUUAAGUCUAGUGCUAACACACACCGAGACUUUCCCAGCUACCUUCGAACAAGACAUGGUAGCCUUUUUGCAUCACUUGGCCGCCAAAGUUGUGUCAGGCCUACAGUCUGCUCUAAGCCAAACAUCAUCACUGUUUCAGGGUGUAGCUUCAACAAUUUCCUCAGGCGCAAAGUACGUUGCCAGUCAAACAACAACACUAUUUCAGGGCGUAGCUUCUGCAAUUUCCUCAAGCGCAAAGUACCUUAUAAACCAAAUAUCAUCACUAGCGCCAUCGCCCACCACGACACAGAUCCAGACUAUCUUCGCAGCAGAUAACACAGCGUUCAGCCUUCUUCAAGGAGUUCAAACCGACUGGGUUAAUUGGGUGAACGCUAAUUCAACCAAUGGCCCUGCAGAGUUCGGAAGCGUAAAUUUUGAAGGCACCAUAUAUUACAACUUCGACAUCCUCUCUGCUCAAAUCGGAGCGUGGGCAGCGGCCAAUGCCGCCACCGUAAUACCGGCUGUGGCUGCGACGAAAGCUAGCCAGACUGUGGAAACAACGACUGCGCUCGCGAAUGUUUUUUGGACUUCGGCACAAGCGGCACUUCCCAUCGUAAUGGUAUGGUUGCCGAUAGGCAGAACAUGAUAGCAGCUGGUCUGCAACCUAAUGUUAUUAACAUUCGGAGUGCAAUCAUGACUCUUCAGGCAGUACCUGGUGUUCCUCCUGCAUCGUUGGCUUCCAAUGAUACUUCUGUUUAAGGAGGACAAGUACCAUAUUUUCGCCAUGAGGUUUGAAACCGUCGUAUGUAUAUUGUGCAAUGAAGGAUUCAAGUAAUUCUGCUCUCCCUUUGAAACGUGAAUGAAGGCAUAAAAGCGUUGCACUGCUGCUUGGCCUUGGCCGCUUAGCCAUGCACAACGGAACAUAAUUUUGAAAUCAAGGAUGACUCAGUGACCGAACAACCUGAACUGGUGAACUUCUUCGGAUUAGGACGA